GAGAACGAACGGGUUGGUAAAAUCUUUCGUAUUUUUUCGGUUUAGUUUGACCUCGAAUAAACAUAGGCCUAGAAGUACAAGUCAGCUAAUUUUACAUGAAACAAUGCACUCGUUAAGCGUGCAACAGAGGCUUGGUACAACAACUAUUCCAAGUACAACCACUCCACCUACGUUAGCUCCAGUCGAUAGGGAGAAAAUAUACCAAUGGAUAGUGGAACUAACGAGCCCUGAUACAAGAGAAAAUGCACUACUAGAAUUAAGUAAAAAGCGUGAAGUUGUUCCUGAUUUAGCUCCUAUGUUGUGGCACUCAUUUGGAACAGUUGCAGCUCUACUGCAGGAAAUUGUCAAUAUUUAUCCAUUCAUAAAUCCUCCAAGCUUAACAGCUCACCAAUCCAACAGAGUUUGUAAUGCUUUAGCUCUGUUGCAAUGUGUUGCAUCCCAUCCUGAGACAAGGUCAGCAUUUUUACAAGCUCAUAUUCCAUUAUUUCUCUAUCCAUUUUUACACACGGUUAGCAAAACAAGACCUUUUGAAUACCUUCGUUUGACAAGCUUAGGGGUCAUAGGAGCAUUGGUAAAGACUGAUGAACAGGAGGUGAUAACAUUUCUACUUACAACCGAAAUUAUUCCACUUUGUUUAAGAAUCAUGGAGAGUGGAAGUGAGCUAUCAAAAACAGUUGCAACAUUUAUUCUACAGAAGAUUCUUCUGGAUGAGACGGGUUUAUCUUACAUUUGUCAAACUUACGAACGUUUCUCACAUGUUGCUAUGAUUCUGGGCAAAAUGGUACUAGCUCUUGCUAAGGAACCGUCAGCAAGACUCUUAAAACAUGUUGUGAGAUGCUACCUUAGACUCUCUGAUAACCCCAGAGCACGCGAGGCCCUUCGGCAGUGCCUACCGGACCAGCUAAAGGAUAGUACUUUUGCUGUGGUACUUAAAGAUGACAAUUCUACAAAAAGGUGGCUGGCACAGCUGAUCAAGAACCUGACAGAUGCUGGUGUUGGGGACCCCAGGGGCAUUCCCCUUCCCCAGUGAAGCAGCUCAUCAGUGAUAACAUCAAAUGUUCAUCAAUCAUAAUUCCCCAUCCCUAGUAAAAUUUGUCAGUGUAUGGAAGCCUGUAGGAAUUUCCCUCGACACCAGUAAAUUUUGAUGGUGUUCAGGAUUCAAGGGAAAUUCCCCUUACCAGUAAAGUUACUCUGCAAUGUUGAGAAUUUUGUUCACUAGUUAAUUCCAUCAGUAUUGGGGAUCCAAGGAGAAUUUCUCAUCCGGAGAUUAUUCUGCCUUCAGAAUUUAUCUCAUUGUAUCUAUAAAUGUUUCUGUAUUUUUGUGGGAACUGUAAACUAAGUCUCGAAGAGCUAGAUGCAAGAAGCUAAACUAUUUUUACUUUUGAGAACGACAACUGAAGGUAUUUUAUAUUACUUAAUACCCUUUCACUUUAUUUAUUCAUGUUAAAAGAAUGAUGAUCGAUCAAAGUCGGUUUAUCAAUAUGAGAAAAUGCAGGCUUAUUUUUUGACAUACUGUAUUAUGAUGAGAUAGUAUAGACCUACUCCAUUUACAUGUUUAUCAUGUAUAAAUUAAAAAUAUUAUAAUUUUUUUUUUAAUAUGAUUAUCAGAUUCCACAGGCUUUAUAUCCAAGUUAUUUGUUCAAAAAUAAGUUGUCUUUUUCUAGAUUCUUUUCUGAAAGAAACCUUUUAAUCAAUUUGAUUUAUUUACUAUAAUACAGUAUACUCUUUUUAAACUGUUAUGUUGAUUUAUUUAUUUCAAUUUUUUAAAGAAAGUUAAUAGCCUUGGUUUAGAAAAUUUUAUAUUUUGUAUAUUGCAAUAUGAUUGAAAUCCAUGUGUGUAAACAUCUGUAAACUAUCACAAAAAGGCAGUGAAUUUAUUUUGUUAAGCUGUGUACUUUCAACAAGAAAUAAAUGUUUUAGACAAUCAAAAUCGAA